GAGAGCCACCAGAAAAUGGCGGAUAUUGAGGAGUUACGGGUAGGCGAAAGUGCAAUGAUAGCUGGCUACUUCUUCGCGUCUUUCACAUUUUAAAAAACAUUUUGCAGUUACCGUUUGUUACUCCAUUUUACCUGUCGGUUUGCUGCCCAUGGGUUAGUUUUUUUAUAGUUAAUACUGAAACGUCCCAUCACUCCGUUAGACGGAUUGUGUUUAGCCUGUUAGCCACCAACCAGCUAACGUUACUCUUUUAGCUCACGAUCUGCUACGCAAACAUGUCACUGCUUUUACUGCCAUAUUUUACUGCAUGAAAACGCUUUAUUAUAAUGCCUAACUGAACUGACGACUGUUCGCUGCAGAUGCAUUUCGGUCAUUUGUUAAGGAUUUUUAAAGAAAAAAGGAUUAACACGUAAGAACAAUCAAGCAUGGACCAUGUAAUGAAGGAAUAUGGUAUCAAGUUUCCGUGUCUCGGAGCUCCAGGUACUGUUAGGUUUUGCUGGAAGGAAUAAGAGCGGUCGAAAGCAUGAACUUCUGCUGAGGGCUUUGCAUUUACUCCGGAGUGGUUGUAGUCCUGCUGUGCAGAUCAAAAUAAAGGAACUGUAUCGUCGGAGAUACCCACGGACAUUUGAUGGUCUUCAGGAUUUGGUGGCUCUGAAGUCAAGCAUUAAAUCCUACUUUCAAAUAGACAGCGGUGCCACAGUUGUGAGCUCAGAUCUUCCUCUGCAAACUGGCCAUUCAGACCUCCUGCAGCAGCACCUGGUGAGCUGCGAUUCACCUGUGUUUCAUGAAUCGAAGCCCAUGAUGAAUAUGCAGCAGGCCACGCCACUUAUGGCCCCCGUCCACCCGGAUGUGCAGAUGAAGUCCCAACCAUUUUACGAUGUGCUGGAUGUCUUGAUCAAACCGUCAAGCUUAGGGACCCAUGCUGGUCAGAGGUUUCAUCAUGAAAAGUACUUCAUAUUUGCUUUGACUCCACAACAAGUGAGAGAAGUGUGCAUUUCACGGGACUUUCUUCCAGGUGGAAGAAGGGACUACAUGGUUCAAAUUCAACUGCGGUUUUGUCUAGCAGAGACCAGCUGUCCACAAGAGGACAAUUAUCCAAACAGCCUCUGCAUCAAAGUCAAUGGGAAGCUCUUUCCCCUCCCUGGCUAUGCACCGCCUCCUAAGAAUGGUGUGGAGCAAAAAAGACCCGGCAGACCGCUGAACAUCACGUCGCUGGUCAGGUUGUCAUCCGCUGUACCCAAUCAGAUAGUAGUCACGUGGGCACCUGAAAUAGGAAAGACAUACUCCAUGUCAGUUUACUUGGUGCGGCAGCUGACCUCUCCACUGUUGCUACAGAGAUUAAGAAUGAAGGGGAUCAGAAACCCUGACCAUUCCAGAGCUUUAAUUAAAGAAAAACUCACGGCAGACCCUGACAGUGAAAUCGCCACAACUAGUUUACGAGUCUCACUCAUGUGCCCACUUGGCAAGAUGCGUCUUACAGUACCCUGCCGAGCUGUCACCUGUUCUCACCUGCAGUGCUUUGAUGCUGCUCUAUACCUGCAAAUGAAUGAGAAGAAGCCCACCUGGAUCUGUCCCGUCUGUGACAAAAAAGCCACUUAUGAGAGUCUGAUAAUUGAUGGGCUCUUCAUGGAAAUACUCAAUGACUGCACAGAUGUUGAUGAAAUCAAGUUUCAAGAGGAUGGGACAUGGUGUCCAAUGAGACCAAAGAAGGAGACGUUGAAAGUGUCAUCUCCAUGUUUCCCAAAAAUUGAUUGCGCUGUCCCAAUGCGGCAAAGUGCAGUGGUGCCACCCCCAGAAACCAGCAGCACAAAAAAAGGAGACGUAAUCGACCUCACACUAGAGAGCUCAUCUGAUGAUGAAGAGGACAGCGAUCCUCCUCUGAAAAAGCACUGUGUCUACAUGUCAAAGGCUGAGGAGAUGCACAACGCGGGGGUCCUGACUUAUCAGCCAUCAACGGUUCGGGUGCCAAAUGUCCAGGCGCUAGACACCUCAUACCUGACCUCCUCAAUAACGGACUACUCCGUUCCAUUCCACCAUUCUACCUUAUCUACUAUUCCCACAGAUAUGCAAAGUCUUGAUUUAUUUUCUCUGAUACAAGGGGAUCCACAGCAGCAUUACAGAGGCCCUAUAUUUUUAGACAACCUCUCCAGCAGCCUUCAGAGUGCCACCACCAGCAGCGGCCUGGUUUCCUCAUCAGCUCCGUAUGAGACGGCAACUCAUAGCAGCAGCUCGAGUCACGAGACGGGUGUCAUUACGGGAGGAUCUUCAGGCCUAUCAGACAUUAUUUCACUAGACUGAAUCCUGGCACAUCUUUAUUGGCCAGUCACCAAAACAGCUACACUUAAGUCAAGUUGGCGAAGUGAAAAAUAUUUUCUACGUUUAACUAUGGACUUCAAGAAUCAUGUUUCGACAAGGACCCAGAAGGACUACUAUGAAGGUCUCUAAAUGUUUUGGCUGGGUCAGCAACAGUGCUGUUUUAAAAAGCAAACUCGAAUCAAGCUGUUCUCCCUUUGAACUGGGGAAACUGCCAGAUACACAAUGACUCCCAUCCGUUAGCUAUUUGAGUGGAGGAGCAGAACGAAACAAACGGCAUAAAUGAGUGGACUAGAAAGCUCAGACGAGUCUAAUAUUGUAUACAUUGUGUGUUUUGCAUUGGCAGUUCUGCAGUUGAAACGGCAGCAGGUUUUCAGCGGCAGCUCAGUUUAUGUUGUCUCUUCGAUAUCAGCAGUGCAAUUAUUUUUUGUUAGAAGACUUCAGUUGCAGCAAUAAAAAACGGUAUGUUUUAUAAUGUAAAAUGUUUACUUGUCUUAUAUUAAGGCAGAAUGCAUAAGCAGAUUUUUUUUGGUGGUUAUUUGCUCAAGAGCCAUCAGAUUCCCUUUUGCUGACGUGGUAAACUUUUAUUUUCAAUCUGUAAUUUUAUAUGAAAUGUGUUUUGGCUCAAUCUCAACACCUUAACAUGUUCACCUCAAAAAUUGUAAUAUGACCAUUGUUAAAACAACGAGUAAUUUGUGUAAUUUCAUGGUUCUUGGUCAGUUAGCAACCUGCAGGCGUAAUGAAUAUUGAGCCAUUCAUUUUUUUAUAAUUUUUUUUUUUUUAUUAUGAUUAUGCAAGUUUUGAUAUAGGAUGGGGAUCUUUUUUCUUUUACAAAUCUGCUUUUAUUGCUAAUGGUUAUUUACUUGUGGUUUGAGUUCAUCUAAUUUAUCUUACUGGAUUAUGAGCCAUACAACAUACUGUCAUUUUGACUAAGUCUGAAGGCAUGUAAGAGGCUUUCUUUUAGACGUUCCCCCUUGUUACAUGUGUACUAUUUUGAGUUGGAUGUAAAAAAAACAAAGAUGUGCUGUAAAUGUUGAUACAGUGCUUUUAUUGUCCCUCCCAGUCAGGGUUGAGGUUUUGAAUUGACAUAGCUCUCCAUUGAUAAUGGCACAGGUAAUGUUGUUGAGAAACUUGAAUUCUUUGCCAAAAGGAGGGCACAGUUCAUGAUGAUACAUAUACAUCCUAAGACAUGUAAACCAAUACACAUUACACAGUGAUUAGAGCAAUAUUUCAUAUCCAUCUGGAAAAAUAUAUUUUUAAAGUUGAAUUAAGUCCAGAUUGCUGUGUUGUGCUGGCUUUACUUUAUGUAUGGACACAUCCACACAGUUUGGUUUAAAGUGCUCAGAUUUUAUUUGCUGCCAGAUUGCGCAGCUUUGAAUAUUUAAAUUAAGCUCUGUUGAUUUUCUGUGUAAACUAA